AUGGUUCUGUCAGUUCUCGUCGCUUUUGGCGCCGUCACCGGCGCAUCGGAAGGGAUCAAGGCCUCUCAAGCAAAGGCCAGGAGAGAAGAGCACCGGAGCAGGAAGAACAAUCUCAUCGUCCACGUCCCAAAGUCGUCCGAAUACAGCCAGACCCUCGAAGGCCGGCGGGUGGUCCUAUCAGGCAACAAGCUCUAUGUCGACACCGGGCUGGACAACGAUGUGCCCUUCGGCCAUCCCUUCGAGGGAUACUUUCUGGGAUACCCGGAGCUCAACCACCCCGGCCUUGUAUCUACCAUCAGCGACGAGGCGCCCAUCAUGAACUGGAUCUACAUGGACGUGCAGACCUUCGAGCUGAAAUUCGGCACGCGACAGUUCUCAGAAGGAAACUUGACGGGGCCAUUCGACUGCACCAGGCAAGAUCGGAGGCUGACGUUGCACGGCUACGAGAACUUCGUGGCCGUACAAAACGGACCUUUCUGGUCGCUCUACUUCGACUGGGACGGUGACCACCUGGAGGGAAGAGUGCCUCCUGGGACGGCGGUCGUUGAGAUAGAUCUCGUGAGGAGGGAAUUGCGAAAUCGAAAACCGAGACGCAAACCUGGCGAGCAGAACCCUCUGGCGCAGGACCCUCAAGCAGCAACAAAUCCGGCAACAAAUGGCGCCGCACCAGAAACAGGCGCACCUGCGAAUCCUGUACCGCAGACAUGA